UGAUGUACUAGUAAUUAGAUAAUCUCAUUCUUUAACACACUUUCUUCAUUCUCUCGCUCUCUCUAAUACUGACACAUCAUCAUCACACUCCAACUGAAAAUGGCGGAGGAGAAUUCCAAUUCCAACGGCAACACCGUCUACGUGGAACACCAAAACGAACAAGAACAACUCGAUAACUUGAAGCACAGUAAACCUAAACCAGUAACAUCACAAACCUUGCCUCAAGUCCUUAACCGUCUCGUUUCCGCCAUUCUCUUUCCAGAACCGGCUAACGAUAAUUCGUUACUUCACCGGAUCAAAAUUUCCGUCGCCGAUAAUACUCCUCUUCUUCCAGAAGCUUCUAAAAACUCCGCGAACGAUGUUAUCAUAUGGACUCGCCGCGGAAGUCCCCUCCGCGCUCUCCUCGUUAUCUCUGUUGGGACAGUAUCUUUUGUUUCUCUUACAGGACUGCUUGUAUUUACGCUUUUCUUUCUGGCUGCAACCAUAAAUGCCAUUGUCAUAUCGCUGCUGAUGUCUUUGGCUGCAGCUGGAGGGUUCUUGGCUCUUUUCUUUGUAUGUGCUACUGCUAUAUACAUUGGAUCACUAUCAAUAGCUAUAUUUGUGAUUUCUGUUACUACAUUUUGGACAAUUGUGGCUAUUCUGAUUAUCUCAGGCUGGAUUGGAUUCUUCUAUACCGUGUGGCUGAUAACGAGAAAGAGCUUCGGGUUUGCUAAGCACUCACUGAGCGUGACAGGUUCUGCAAUCACAUCUUACUCUACUUCUCGGGCAACCCGUCACCUAGUACAUACAGAUUCAAAUUAGGGGAGAAGCAGUUAAGCACAAAUAGAAGCUUAUGUACAAAUAUUUAGUUACAUUUGCAUGUUUUUACAUUAUACAAAACUUAUAUUGACUAGUAAGAUGCCUGUAUCUAGAUCUUUCACAGUUUGGUUUCAGUGCGUAUCUUUUGUUUUUUACUUGUGCACUGGCAUAUAUUUUCAUCAAUAAUCCAGGUUAUUGUGUGCUGUGUUUGAAGUUUGAUGUUAAUAUAAGUGACUUUUCUUCUUUA